AAAAGUAUGGUGGAUAAUGAGGAAACAGGAGUCAUUCAGAGAUUACUCAGCGUUGGGAAGCUACAGAUCUACAAGUACAUAAUCUACUUUGUGUGGGUGGUCAAUUUCAUAUUCACCUGUGCGGAUGUUUACAUAUACUAUUUCAUACUGAAGGACCACAUGGGCUGCUGGAAUUGUUUGUUCAGGUCCUACAUGAUAAUCGCUCUAACCGUGAAUGUCCUAAUGGUUCCGCUGCUGAUCGUCGGUUUUAUCUUCAUAUAUUCGAAUUUAUCCGGCGAAAUACGCAUUGUAAUUUAUGCCACAGUACUCUUCCUAGCAACAUGGUUGCAAAUGAUGUUGACUAUUCUGUUUGCACAGCAGUACCAAAUUGUUGGAGAUGUGCUUCGAAUAUGGAUGAAUCACAAGAGUUUGGAAUUCUACGAAAGGCGUUGCCAGUGCUGCGGCGUUUUGGGACCUGACGACUACAAGUUGAGCGAUCUGAAUAUCCCAAAAUCCUGUUACAAGAAUGGCAGUGAAAUGGAGGAGGACCUGUACCGAUCAGGCUGCUUCACGCACUCCAUAAAACCCUCGUCGCCCAUCAUCCAGGUGAUCUCCUUCGUAAUUCAGUAUGUUUUAGUCAUAUGUAUUAAGGUAUUCCUCAUUAUCCUCCUAAGGAGCAAGACCCAACGCACAAGUAUGUGGUCUGAGCGACGCGCCGAAAUGUUUGGUAGUGUGAAAAAUUGACUUAAAGUUCUAUUCGGAUUUGGGAAGCAAUCCUAAAGAACAUCUCUGAACUUUGGGGCUAUUUUCCAGCAUUGCAUGGAACUUAAGCAGCAGAUUUUCAUGUGAAUUGGAGUUUUGGGUGCGGUUUAGAAUUCACAUUGCCCCGGCCAUGAGUUUGGCAUUCUGGCGGACGAGACAAAUUGGAUGAUGCUGGCUAUCGUCAUAUUUCACGGACUGCAAUCAAUAACGAUAAACACUUGAGUCGCAAAUGCAAUGUCCAGAAUCCUGUCCAACAACGGCAUGCAUAUGGAUGAGCCAAUAAAAAAAUCAACAAAGCAUGUCGGGCGAUUGAAAAAGUAUUGCAAAUACCCCGGAUAGCCGGGGAUUCGGACACGGAAUUGGACUCCAAUCCGGACAAUAUGCAAAUGCAGCUAAGCAGAAAAUAUUCAAGGACGAUCCAGCCCCUCCACCAAACGCUCAAGUUUAUAUAUUCAUGUUGUGUCCCUCGUCCCGCGCAUAAAUUUUAUUGUUGUCAACAUUAAAUUCUA